AUGGAAUCAGAAUACCGCUCCUUAGCUCAUGCUUGUGUCGAAACUACUUGGCUAUCCUACCUUUUGGUCGAACUUGGUGUUCAACUUACCUUUCCAGUCUUUCUUCAUUGUGACAAUCUCUCUGCCACUUACUUGGCUGCCAACCCUGUUUUUCACGCUCGCACCCGCCACAUCGAGCUUGAUUACCGUUUUAUUCCUUCUAUUGAUCAGCUAGCUGACCUCCUUACCAAAGCACUUCAUAAACCACGCCACCAACUUCUCCUAUCAAACCUUGUCCAGCCUUGCCCGUUCGGUUUGCGAGGGGGUAUUAGUGAAUCAAUUCAGUCCGGUCAACUUUCCAUAAGUCGCUCCAGCCAAUCUCCAUCUUCAUUGCCUUGA